CAUUUUAUAGCAUUUAAUAAGCAACUCUAGUGCACUGCCUGACCAACAAAGAGCAGCAGGCGGGAGAGUGAGACUAAGUGAUCGGCUCGGGACAGCUCAUCUGUAAUAAUUUAUUCUUUAAUUGAAAAAAAAAAAAAAAAAAUCUGCGAUGGACUGGGGGCGUGAAGUUUGAAGGCGACGUAGCGAGGGAUUACUGUUUUAACUUUUUUAAGUUUUGCGUAAUUCUUUAUAGGGCAAAUGACUAGUUUUGGUAAUAAAAAAUAAAAAAAAAUACAAAGACUAGCAUCCACUUAUGUGGACAUCUAAAAAAAAAAUACAUUCUGGUAAUGACCCCCAAUAAUACUAAAAUGUAGAUUUAAAAAAAAUAAUGAAAAUAGAAAAAACUAUUUCCUUUUAAUAUCCAAUUCAUUUAAACUGUGAGGACUGGCCUGAGAAUGCUUAUGAUCCAGGUGAGUCUUAAAACCCAAAAAAUACUGCAUUUUAAGCCACAUCAGCAGUGGAAUCCGCUAUUCAAAUUUUGGCUGUAAGUUUUUACUCCUUUAUGCGUCAAGUGAUUAUUUUUGGUAAAUAAAAAAUGAAUAACAUAACUCGGGCUGCAGUAUCGAUUAUUUUAGUAAUCGAUUAAUCUAUCAACUAGUUAGCUCGAAUAAUCGGAUUAGGAACAUUUAAUGCGUAGUAGAAUAAAUUCUAGGAGAUGUAAAAAAGGCUUGCUAAGAUUGCACAUUCAAAAAAGCAUUGAAUGUUAGUGUUGCACCGAUACCAUUUUUUGGCCCCGAGACCGAUACCUGGCUGUGCAGUAUCGGCCGAUACCAUACCGACAACAAAAUGACGGUCAAAUAGUAAGCCUUUUUUUUUUUCAUAAAAAAAUAAAACAUAACAUUGGUAUGAAAUUUUGUUGUUUAAUUUUGCUGUAUUAGAAAUGUGGUCUUUUUAUAUGUUUAAAAUAUUGUACAAAUACACACAGCAAAUAUUUACUAUCGUAUCGUUUUCACUCUAUCGAACCGUAUCGUUCUUACACUGUCAUAUCAUAUCGAAUCGCUCGGCCUUAAAAAUGUAUCGUUUUUUUUUUUUUUAAUCGAAUCGUAACCGGUGUAUCUAGAUUAGGGCUGCAGCUAUCGAAUAUUUUAGUAAUCGAGUAAUCGACUGAAAAUUCUAUCGAUUAAUCGAGUAAUCGGAUAAAACAAAUAUAUUUUUAGGUGAAGAGCAAUUAUACAUAUACAUGAGAAAACAAGACAUUUCAUGUAAUCUUGAACCAUUUACAGUCAAUCAAUGUCUUUAUUUUCGAUGUAUAUUGUUGAAAACAGCCAACAAUUGCAUCUCAGAUGUAACUAGAAUAAAAAAAAAGACUAAUUCACUGCUUUCACUCAAAAAACUUUUAGAUCUUAUUAAUAUAUAUAUAUAUAUCUUACCUAAAAAUGCCAUUACGCUUGAUAACACACAUCACUUAAAAGUUAGGAUUUUUUCCCACGUGUUUCAAUUGAAUUUCUCUUUGUGUCAAGCCAUUUUUAAGUUCUAGUUAAGUUUUAAGUUAGUCUAAACUGUAAGUCCUGAUAGGAUUUUGAGUUUUUGCUGUGUUCAAAAUAAAUGUAUGAUACAGGCUGUAUUGGAGCACAUUAGGGACCAGUGCUACUUGGUGUUUUAUCCAGCAAUGACUACUGAGCUAAAAUUGAUAGUUAGCAUGAUUAAGUUUUUAUUUUACACCCUCAUCACUCCACAAUGCUAUGUUAUGUUAAAGCCUGUAUGUAAGACACGUUAGCCACGCAUCGACAGUGGUCUUAAUGAAUUGAAACCUAGCCCUCCGCAGGGCUAACGUUCCGUGAGCUAGUAGCGACAGUAACGUUAAUCUUAUUUAUUAGCGCUUAGCGCUCUUUAUUAGCGCUUAGCGCUGUACUGCUUUAAGAUGGCGGCUGUUUACAAACGCUGCCCAGACGCGGCCGAGUCUGUCAUUGUGCAUCUAGUUCAACAUACAUGUGAUCUCUAUGAGACGCACCAGACGCUGCCUGUUACCAAUGUAGCAUUGUGCGGGCUAGUAUUUAGCAACGUCGGCGUCGUUUGUGGGGGCUGUCGGCUGCGGUAAGUUUUUUGUUUUUUUCUUCCUCUUCCUCUCCGCACGUGACAGCGCGCUGUCCCGCAUUAAAAGUAGUCCUAGCAAAACGUGAUGCUUAGAGCUGUCAAAAUAAACGAUUACUCGAGGUGAAUAAAAUUACUCGGAUCAGUUUUUAAACUCGAGUUACUCGAGUUGCUCGAGUACUCGUUUCAGCUCUAAUCUAGAUACAUAUCGAAUCGGCUUCAUGCCAGAGAUUCCCAACCCUAGUAAAGAUGUCAUCUGUGAUGUUUGAUGAGGAUUUUCAUGUCAUCUAAACCAGCCUUCUCUUCAAAGAACGCCUCAGUGACAAAUAUGACAUCACCGUGUUUUGAAACAGUUCCUGUUUGAAAUAGCAUCACUCAUUGUGGAACAGAACUGAAUCAACUGGUUGUCCUCAAAAUACAUCCAGGACUGGUAAGGGUUUUCCAGAAUGGCCGGCAAAGGGAAGGGCAAAGGCAAAGGAAAGGGUAAAGGCAAAGCUAAGGCGGCGGAAGUCGACGAAAACACGCCACUGACCGAGUUGACGGAGCAACAGCUGACGGAGCGCGUUGCUAAGAUUACGGAGGAGCUGCGCCGCAUCCAAGAGGAGAAGAAGAACUUCCAACUAAUGAGGGACCAGGUUAAGGCCUUCUGGGAGAUCUCCAAACAGAAACUGCAAGAUGUAAAGGACAAGAUACGCGAAGGUAGCAUUGUGCGCGAUGAGGCCAAGAUGCGUCACCGCAUGAAGGUAGCCCAGUACCAGCAAAAAGUCCGGCACUUGGAGUCAGAGUGCCACACCAAUGUCUCACAACUGAAGCUAGACAAGACCAGCUUCUCUACUGUCAACGACAACAACCGCUUUGAGAUGGAGCAAGGGGCGCUGAACGAGAUCCGUCGCCUACAAGUUGACCUUAGCGAGAAAGAGCUGUACAGCCAAAACCACAUCGAGCAGCUCAAGUUUGAGCAGGCCUCCAAGAUGGUGGACAUCAUGGUCCCGCACGACUGGAGAACAGUGGAGCUGGAAGCAAAGCACAAUGCCAAGAUUCUACCGAUGAUCGAGGCAUCGGAGAUGAAGCUAGAGGCCGAGAUCAACAUCCUGGACACCCAGAUGCAAAUUCGUCUGGAGACGCUGAAAAAAGAACACGAUGGAGCCUUCCGCCUUGCGCUAAAGCGGAGCUGGGAGUUCUACCAAGCCCACAUGGAGGAGAUCUCGCUCCUGGAGAAACAGCUCACCACGCUCAUGUGCCAAGGUGUAGUGAAGCAGCUGUCGUCCAUCCAAAAGCAGCCGUCAUGCCCGCAGAAAAACCUCCAGCAGGACAAGGAGAACCUGCAGGAGCUCUACAGUCAGCUGGAGAAGCACAAUGAGGACAAGGCACAGCGCGAGGCCAGUGACGCUCGCCUCAGGGUCCUGGAGGACGAGCUUGAAGAUUUGUCCAUUAAUCACAGCAUCCUCGUGCGGGAGCUGGAGAACAAAGAGCUGGAGUAUGAAGCUCUGCUUAAGAGCCAGGCGGCAGGUCUUCUGGCUGCCCAGAAUAUCAACGGAGUACGGACGAACCAGCUGAAGCUCCAGCUGCAAGUCGCUUCUGAAACGCUAGAGAAGCUGGAGAAGAGCCUCAGCGCGUAACGCUGGGCAGACGGACUUGGAAUUGAAACUGUGCAGAUGGGGUUGGGGCCAAAAGACAAAGUUACUGGUCAGCAAAUUUUUAAACUUUGACAGGAGCGACAAAACUCGGAAUUUGGUUGGCUAUGGCCAUAGAUUUGUUUCAGAAAAUGAAUUUAAUGGGUUUGGUAGUGAUUUAGAGUGAGAUCGAGA